ACACACACACAACCGGUUGUUAAGGAUUGAACAAAAACUGCAGGGUGCAUAAAUAUAGAAGAACUGGGUAUAGUGAUGAGGUCUUUGAAUCAAAAUCCAACUGAGAAAGAGCUCCGCGACAUGAUCAACGAAGUCGACUCCGACGGAAACGGGACCAUAGAUUUCGAUGAAUUCUUGAACCUCAUGACUGCCAAGAAAAUGCAGGUAAGUGAUGUGCUGAAUGAAGAACAGAUUGUUGAGUUCCAGGAAGCUUUCACAACGUUUGACAAAGAUGGAGAUGGGUCCAUUACCAUAGAAGAUCUUGCUAGAAUGAUGAGGUGUUUGGAUCAAAUUAAUCCAACUGAAAAGGAUCUCCGUGGCAUAAUCAAUGAAAUCGAUUCCGAUGGAAACGGAACCAUAGAACUCGACGAAUUCUUAAUCCACAUGGCCAAGAAAUUAAAGGAAAUUGAUGAAGCCAAAGAAACUUUCAAAGUGUUUGAUAUAGAUCAAAAUGGUUAUAUAUCAGCUAAUGAGAUUCGGCAGAAAUUAGGGCAUAAAUUAACAGAUGAAGAGGUGAACCAGAUGAUUAGAGAGGCUGAUUUGGAUGGUGAUGGACAAAUUAGUUUUGAUGAAUUUGUCAAGAAUAUGGCCACUGCUUCUAAUUAG